AUGUCCAAGCUUAUCACGGUCUUCGGUGCCACGGGCAACCAGGGCGGCUCCGUGAUUAACCACAUUCUGGCUGAUUCCCAGCUCUCCAAAGAGUUCAAGAUCCGAGGCAUCACCCGCGAUACCAGCAAGCCCGCCGCUCAGGAGCUGCAAAAGCGUGGAGUGGAAGUCGUUACGGCUAACCUGAACUCUGUCGAAUCCCUCCGCACAGCGCUCGAAGGAUCCCACACCAUCUUCCUAGUAACCAACUACUGGGAAUACGUUAACAAGGACACCGAACUCACCCAGGGCAAGAAUGUCGCCGAUGUAGCCAAAGAACUCGGCAUCCAGCACCUGAUCUUCUCUUCUCUCAUCCACGUCACCGACUCCACUAAUGGACGACUCAGUCAUGUACCCCAUUUCGAUGGCAAGGCUGAGAUAGAAAGAUACAUCCGUGCUUCGAGCGUCCCUUGUACUUUCGUUCUGGCGGGUUACUUCAUGCUCAAUUACCUGCAGAUGCUGAAAAAGAGUGACGAUGGCACCUAUCAGCUUUUCUACCCAGUUGAUGGUGCCAAGGCUAAGUUUCCCUUGUUCGAUGCUGCGAGUGACACCGGCCUUUUCGUCAAAGCUGUCAUUAAGCAUGCUUCUGAGUUGAAUGGGAAGCAGGUUCUCGAAGCCGCUGGCUACUACACCGCCGACGAGAUUGUGAAAACUUUUACUGAGGUAACAGGAAAGAAGGCUGUCUUUGUGUCGGUGUCCGCCGAUCAAUAUAAAGCGGUUCUCCCGCCGCCCGUGGCUCGGGAAUUCCUCGAAAACCAUCUGCUGAUUGAGUCACCUGGAUACUUUCUCGGACAUAGCUUGGACGAGAGCUUGAAGCUGCUUGACGCUGAACCAACUUCUUUCGCUGAGUUUGUUAAGAAGAAUGUGGAUGCUUGGCCGUAA